CUCGAAAAAAAGCGCAUCACAUUUCCCACUUCUUCACGUCUCACAAUCUCCUCCUCCUCCUACUUUCCCUUCUCCUCCAUCCGCCAGCCGCCGGAUCAUCGCGGGAUAUCAAAUCGACAGCUAGGAUUGGUCUAUUUAAAGAAGCAACGGAGUCUCGAUUCGCUCUGAGAAUAUGAGCGCCGUCAACCUUACGAACGUCGCCGUUCUGGACAACCCGGCAGCUUUCCUCAGCCCUUUUCAGUUCGAAAUAUCGUACGAGUGCUUGACUCCCCUCAAAGACGACUUGGAAUGGAAGCUGAUAUACGUGGGAUCUGCUGAAGAUGAAACUUACGACCAAAUGUUGGAGAGCGUGCUUGUUGGUCCUGUCAACGUUGGUAACUAUCGUUUUGUCUUUCAGGCAGACCCUCCAGAUCCGUCAAAAAUACGUGAGGAAGAUAUCAUUGGUGUCACGGUGCUGCUACUGACAUGUUCAUAUCUGGGGCAGGAGUUUGUUAGAGUGGGGUACUAUGUGAACAAUGAUUAUGAUGAUGAACAGCUGAGGGAGGAACCUCCCUCUAAGGUGUUGGUUGAUAGGGUUCAGAGAAACAUUUUAGCUGACAAGCCGAGAGUCACAAAGUUCCCUAUUAAUUUUCAUCCCGAGAACAAUGAGAAUGCAGAGCAACAAACCCCUCAUUCUCCUGAUCACAUAACUGAAACAAGGCAGCUUCCUUCUUCUCCUGAUCGUGGAACUGAAACAAGGCAGCCCCCUCCUUCACCUGAUAGUGCAGCUGGAACAAACAUCAAGGGUGAAGAACCACCCCUCUCAACUGUACCAUCUGUUUGUGUGCAGUAGUAAAGUUGAAUUGGCUUCAUGAUGGAUAUUCACAUUGUUACGAGAAAUUUGGGCGUGGCGAUCAUUUCAGUUCACAGAACUAUGCUAAUUACAAACAUCCCCAUUUUUUUAAAAAAUAUUGUACCAUAUAGACUUGAGUGUUGAUUGAUCUGUAUUGUUUGGGCUGAUAAGAUGUGGUACAUGGGGUUAACGAUUCUAUGUAUUUAUAAUUCUCGCAUGACUGUCUCGUACUCGGAACUGUGAGUUUUGGUAUUCAGAUUCCUAGUGCACUUCUAUCUUUAGAGAAAUUCUGUACUCAUGUAUUGUGUUGGAAAUUAAAUUGAAAAUGGAAUGCAGUUCUUUGAA